AUGGUGUCGCUGAACCUCACGGUGCCGUUAGCGGUGGACUUCACUGAAACUGCAGAUUAUUUCAUUUUUAUAGCAAAUCUGCUAAUUGCGACAAGUUCUGUUCUCGUGGCUGGCUCGGUUGUCUUGGGUAUUAUUUGGAAUAAAACCCUCCGAGCACAAAACAGGUUUAUUUUCAUGCUGAACACCAGCAUAAGCGACACACUGUCUGGGGUAGGUGGUUACUACAUCGGACUGUUUGAUGUGCAGGAGGGCUAUCCGUCCAGGAAUGGAACUUAUUACAUCGUGCCUUCGCUAAUGGGUGUUAAUAUUCUUACGAUCUUGUUUUCACAGGUGGACCGAUUCCUUGCAGUAGCUCAUCCUUAUGCUUACAACCGUUUUGUAACUAGAACUGUAGUUAUAGAAGUUUGUUUUUUCGCUUGGUUUUACACGUACUUCAUGUUGACGAUCCAGAACCUCCUUACUGUCGAUGUGGCUGCGAAAAUACGCGCUUACAGCACUUUGACAUUCCAGGCAAUUAUAGUCCUGAAAGUGCUGUUGAACGUGAAACUGUACCUCAUCGCUAAAUACCAGAUUGCUCGUGAGCCGCCGGGUCCAGAGAGAGACAGCAAGAAAGAGUCCCUGAGACUCAUCAUCGUGGUGGUAGUCUGCUUCCUGGCGCUCUGGACACCUCGCUUUUACUAUAUUAUUGUGGCUCAAAUUAUUGGGUCCAGAUACAUGUUUAGAAACUACGCCGGCGACCCUCUUAGUAUGAUGUUUCGGUUCACUGCAACCUGUACCCCCGGACUGUACAUCUGGGGGAGCCCCGCUCUCAGGGAGGCUGUGCUGAAGACAGUGUGGGGGAGAGUCUGUCCCCCACCGAGAAAAAAGACAACAGGUCAAAGCUCGCUCUCCAUCACCCAAAUGACGGUCAACCAAUGA